CCAGUCUCUCUCUCUCUCUCUUUCUCUCUCUCUCUCUCUCUCUCCCCCUCUCUCGCGCUCUGCCUCUCCUCAAAGGCUGUUCCACAGCGGAAAAUAUGCUCAGUGCAUCUGAGCGCAUGCAGGAAAAUACCUCAGGUAGCUUCUAAGCUAACACAAUGCAGCACAACAUUCAACUUACGGUCGCCUUCAUCCUCUGCCAGGUGCUGCUCCCUACAUCCACAAAGGAUUUAGAAUGCAUUCCGGGAUUUCAGCAGAAGGUUUUUCACGUUGAACAUUCGUCCUCAUUCACAGUGGGCCAACCAAUUCUGAAUUUGGUAUUUGAUGACUGUCAGGAAAACCACAAAUUGAACUUUGAAGUUUCCAGCCCAGACUUCAAGGUGGAACCCAAUGGCGCUUUAGUUGCACUGAGAAAUUUAUCAGAUGCUGAGAGAGCUUUAGUCAUCCGUGCACAGUCAGCCCGGGCAGAAGAUACAGCGGAGGUAUUGAUUGUCGGCAGAAAAGAAAAAUCUGGUUCCUUAAAGGAGCGCUUUAAAGCAGAAGGUGGCCUUGGGAGCGUACGACAAAGAAGAUCGAUUGUUGCUCCUCCAAUCUUAAUUCCCGAAAAUCAGAGACCCCCGUUUCCAAAACUUGUAGGCAAGGUGAUAGACAUCGACCGGCCGGAGGGUUCAAAGUUCCGAAUUUUGGGGAAAGGAGUAGAACAGGAGCCAAAGGGAAUUUUCAAAAUCAUUGAGGGCACCGGAGAACUCUUCGUAACACAACAACUUGAUAGAGAGGCCAUUGCUACAUACGAGCUGCAAGUGGAGAUCACUGACGUCUCUGGAAAAACCAUAGAAGGUCCAGUCCCUCUUGAUAUAAUAAUCAUUGAUCAGAAUGACAACAGGCCCAUCUUCCGGGAAGGACCAUACAUUGGACAUGUCAUGGAAGGAUCUCCAACCGGAAGUACCGUUAUGCGGGUGACGGCAUUUGAUGCAGAUGACACCUCUACAGAUAAUGCUGUGCUGAGAUACAACAUUCUGAAGCAGACUCCAGACAAACCGUCUCCAAACAUGUUCUACAUUGACCCAGAGAAAGGAGACAUUGUCACGGUGGUGUCUCCAGCCAUGUUGGACCGCGAAACAAUGGAGAAUCCAAAAUAUGAGCUCAUCCUAGAAGCAAAGGACAUGGCCGGCCAUGAAGUUGGGUUGACUGGAACCACCACUGCAACAAUUGUCAUUGAUGAUAAAAAUGACCAUGCGCCAGAAUUCACCAAGAAAGAGUUCCAAGCCACCGUGAAAGAAGGCAGCACUGGUGUGAUUGUGAAUCUAACCGUUGAAGAUCGAGAUGAUCCAGCCACAGCUGCAUGGAAGGCGGUUUACACCAUCAUCAAUGGCAAUCCAGCCCAGAGUUUCAAAAUCCACACCAAUGCAAAGAACAAUGAAGGGAUGUUGUCAGUUGUCAAGCCUUUGGAUUAUGAAAUCUCAGCCUUCCACACACUCCUGAUCAAAGUAGAAAAUGAAGAUCUCUUGGUUCCAGAUGUCCUGUAUGACACCAGCUCCACAGCAACUGUUCAGAUCACAGUUCUAGAUGUUAACGAAGGGCCCAUUUUCCACCCUAAUCCAAUGAUGGUCACCAAACAAGAGAAUAUCCCCAUUGGAAGUGUUGUCUUAACAGUUAAUGCCACUGAUCCAGACACUUUGCAGCAUCAAACUAUAAGAUUCUCCACCGACAGAGAUCCAGCAGACUGGUUGGAAAUUAACCCUACGAAUGGAACUAUUCGCACCAAGGGCAUGCUUGAUCGUGAAUCCCCUUCCGUCCUCAACAAUGUCUACACAGCAUCCUUUUUGGCAAUAGACAGUGGUAGCCCUCCAGCUACAGGUACUGGAACAUUGCAGAUUAUCUUGGAGGAUGUGAACGACAACGCCCCUUCUCUUUACCCAACGGUAGCCAGCGUCUGUGAAGAUGCGAAGGAUGUGAAAGUUGUCUUUGGUGCCUUAGAUAAAGACAUUCACCCCAAGCAAGAGCCCUUCAAAUUUGAGUUGAGCAAGCAAUCAGGUCAAGAUAAAGUAUGGAAGCUUACCAGAAUUAACAAUACCCACAGCCAAAUUGCCGUGCCCCCGAAUUUGAAGAAGGCCAAUUAUAUCAUCCCCAUCUUGGUGACGGAUCCUGGAACACCUCCUCUAUCGAAUAAUAUGGAACUAAAAAUCCAGGUGUGCUCCUGCACGAAAUACAAAGUUGACUGUAGCGGUUCGCCUACGUUUCACACCAGCACAGUUCUGAUUUUCCUCUGGCUCUUCAGUUUAUGCUGUCUGUAGGAACUCCUGGCAUUUAAAGCUGGCUAUAGCGUUUCGCCAUGGUGACAAGCAAAGAGCGUACCAUCCCAAAAUGGAAGAUCACCUAUGACUUUUUCGACUCCGCCUUCUCCAGAGCCUCAGAAUUGCUUCAAGAACGGGCCCGUCUUAGGUUUCAGCUCAGCGUCCUCCCAGCAACUGGAUUGUAUUCGACAAAGGUUGCUGCAGCCUCACUCCGGAUACCUUCCUCCAGAGCACUGGACACAAUGACCUCUUGUUGAAAAAAAGAGAGCAAAAAAAAUAAUAAUAAUCACCACCAACAACAACAGCAGCAGCAGCAACAACAAUCACAAAAUAGACACAAUCAAAAUUUGGUCUACUGGGAGCCAAAUUACACGAUGACUCUGUCUCCCCCCUUCCCACCUCUCUGUCAACUUGUUGCUAUUGAACUGUUUUAAAACAAUUGUCUGUGGGUUAGUAUUUGUAUAUGUAUGAGUGUAUGUAUAUGUAUAUAUAUAUAUUUAUAGAGAGAGAAGAGAUAUACCGAUAGGAUUAGCUUUUGUAUGGCUUUCACAUUAGGCUUGGGGGGUCAAAUAGGGCAGAGGAACGUGGACGCAGGGUGGUGGGUGGCCACCGGGAGCUCUGCUCAGCAUUUAUGCUAUGUGUUAAAUAGUGUUUCUCAACCCAGUGUUUUCUCAACCGUGAUAACUUUUAAGAGUUGUGGACUUCAGCUCCCAGAAUUCCCCAACCGGCGCAGCUCUGAAAGCUACCAUGGUUGAGAAACACUGGGGUAACCCAAAGGAAAGAGCAUCCGACAAGAGGAUUGUGUGAUUCAAUAGCAUCACUUAAAAGAAAAAAAGUGAGAGAGAGAGAAAGAAAGAUAGAGA